AUGCUGAACCCAAUAGCCAGCGUGUGCAUGCUUCUUGUUGUUCUUCUUCAAGUUUGCGUAACUUUUGGAUACUACAAAAACUUCUGGUACUCCUCUUUCACGUACUUGAAGUCAGAACACCUCAUCGGACAAGUGCUCAAGCAGGAGGACCAAGUAGCCGAACCCAUGGUGGACGACGACCACCUGCUGAUGAACGAAGCGUACGUAGUGGUGGACAUCAAGUACUCGAUGAAGGACAAGCGCUCGGUGGUCGACAAGAACCCGAUGAUGGACGAGCUCUUGCUGACGAACUACUUGCUGAUGGACGAGCACUCGUUGGCGGACAACUACGCGCUGGUGAACAACUACCCGAUGGUGGCCAACUACCCGCUGACGGCAAACUACCCGCUGACGGACAGCUACUCGCUGAUGGACGAGUACUGGUUGGUGGACAAGAACUCAGCGGUGGACAAGCACUCGUCGGUGGACAAGGUGAACAAGUACUUGGUGGCGGCGGACCAGUACACGGUGACGGACUACAACUUCAACUACGCGUACACCAACUACACACAACUGGAUCCAGCGGAUCUGGAUUCCAGGUGA